GCAGAGCGAGGGACGGCGGCUGCGAGGAGAGAGGCGUUUCCCUGCCGCAAGGGAUGCAGGCACCACGGCCCUGGGAACUAGAGCUCUCGCCGCUGCAGCCCUUUCCGCCGGGAUGGGACGCUAGGAUCGUUUUCCUUCUACUUAUCGCUCCUUUUAAUUUUUCCUCCUGUUUCUUAAUUUUUGAUUUUUUUUCUCUUCGCCGUUUCGCAUCGUUUCUCUGACCAAAAAAAAAAAAAAAAAAAAAAAAAGGAAAAAGAAAUCCCCCCAACAUGGAGGCCCUUUGAUGCCUCCGGCAGCCGCGCCGGCUUCUCCCGCGGCACUGGGAAACCCUCCGGGCUCUGUGCCCCGCUUCUCCGAGAGCCGCCCCCGGCACUCGGCCCGGUCGCUGAGGGGUCUCCCCGCGGCCCGGCCCGCCCCUGCCCCGCGCCCCGCCGGCGGGAUGCUGCUGCAGCCUGACGGGGGGCUCUUCCUUCCGACGACGGGAACCUGAAUGUCACCCCCGCGGCGGCCGCCCGCCCGCGACGGAGGCGGCGCGGGACAUGCCCAGCGCGGUGUGAGGGGCGCAGCCGGCUCCCCGGCGCGGAAGGGCAAUCUUCCAUUAUUCCUGUUAUUCGUUUAAAUUACUGUGUUUGGUCCCAAGGCACCCCACGGCACAGCGCCGAGCAGGACCGCGAGGUGUGAGCGCUGCUGGCCGGGAGCGCGGAGGACGCGGUGGGGAGCGGCCCCCGGCCCGUUCCCGGGUUAACCGGUCUCGCCGUACAAGCCCCGGUGGAAAAUGCGCCGUGCUCCGGACUAGAAAGGAGGAGAUGGUGCAGUGCCCCCGGCCGCUCUGAGCCAAGAAGACGCUGGGGUGCGUGUUCUGGGGGGCUAGGGGGCUUCUUGUUAUUUUUGCCCUUCCUCCCCCUUUGUUUUUUCUUGCCUUUUUUGUUUUUCCCUGGAGGAGAGAAAACUCUAGCAAGAUUCUCAGAUGGCUUAGAAAAAAUAAUUGUGAAAAUAUGAAGUAGACCAGUUCUUGAUUUCACCCCUUCCCUCCAGCUCCCCAGCCCACUGCUGAGAUUGAGAUAAAAGGACCCGUUUCCUGGAGGACGAGGAGAACAGACACGUUUUUGGUGUGUAAAAGGGACCGAUGGCAAUGCUUCAGAGUGUAGCGGAGACCCAGGGAAGAGGUUCAACCUGUUAACAAAAAAUUAAGCAGGGGGAAAAUACCAACGGGAAGGAAAGAUACAUAUAUAUAUUCAUAUAUAUAUAUUUAUAUACACACCCAAUUUAGAGUAUUCCCCAGGUGGCCACAAAGCAUGGGCUGUGUUCCAAGCACCAACCUCUCUGACAGCAGAGUGAUCUGUCACAGUAGCAGUGAGUCUGAAGAGUGCAAUUCCCCUCACCAGACCAACACAACCAUGUCUCAACAGCAGCAAGGCAACCCCGUCCCAGGAUUAUUCAUUAAAUGCUACAACACGUCCACUUAUGAGGCAAGGACUAAUUCCUCUAAGAAAAACAAGAGAGAGAACAGCCAGAGCAUGGAGGCAGAGGUCGAGACCAGCAGAUCCAGUGUUAAGGCACCAGUAACAGAUGUGCAGUUUGGCCCUAUGAGACUUCGUCGAGAUCAACUUCAGGUACUUUUAGUGUUUGCUGAAGACGAUGACCAGAGUAAUGGGUUCCGUUGGGCAUGUGAGAAAGCUGGAUUUCGAUGUAAUAUUGCCAGGACACCCGAGUCUGCACUAGAAUGUUUUCUCGAUAAACACCAUGACAUUAUCAUUAUUGACCAUAGACAUUCCAGAUACUUUGAUGCAGAAGCAUUAUGCAGGUCUAUCAGAACAACAAAACCCUCAGAAAACACAGUCAUUAUUGGUGUAGUACAAAGGCAUGCUGAUCGAGAAGAGUCAUCGAUAUUGCCCCUGAUCUCUGCUGGCUUCUCAAGGCGAUAUGUGGAAAAUUCUAGCAGGAUGGCCUGUUACAAUGAGUUGAUUCAGCUGGAAUUUGGACAGGUGCAGGCACAAUUCAAACUAAGGGCAUGUAAUUCAUUAUUUGCAGCAUUAGAGAAAAGUCAAGAAGCCAUUGAGAUCACAAGUGAAGAUCAUGUAGUACAGUACGUCAAUCCUGCUUUUGAAACAAUGAUGGGCUAUCAAAUAGGCGAACUAAUAGAAAAGCAAUUAACAGAAGUGCCUAUAAAUGAAAAAAAAGCUGAUUUCCUAGAAACUAUUAAUUCCUGCAUAAAGAUAGGAAAGGAAUGGCAAGGAAUGUACUAUGCGAAAAAGAAAAACGGAGAUAGCAUACAACAAAAUGUGAAGAUACUACCUGUCAUUGGACAGGGAGGAAAGAUUAGACACUAUGUGUCAAUUAGUAGACUGUGCAAUGACAACAAUAAGGCGGAGAAGACAUGUGAAUGUAUUCAGGCUGAAUCUCAGACAGAUAUUCAGACUUGCAGACAAAAGGACACGAGGAAAGGAUCACUAGAUGUCAGAUCCACAACAUCACGAGGGAGUGAUGGCAGCUCACAAAGGCGGCGCUCUUCUAUGGCCAGGGUACAUUCCAUGACUAUUGAAGCACCCAUCACCAAGGUAAUAAACAUCAUCAAUGCUGCACAAGAAAGCAGUCCCAUGCCAGUUGCAGAAGCUUUAGACCGGGCUUUGGAGAUUUUAAGAACCACUGAAUUGUACUCUCCACAACUGGGGACAAAAGAUGAAGAUCCACAUACAAGUGACCUUGUUGGAGGCUUAAUGACAGAUGGUUUACGAAGAUUAUCAGGGAACGAAUACAUAUUGUCAGCAAAACAAACUCAUCAGGUUGCUGGCAGUUUGAGCUCUCCAAUCUCCCUCAAUGACAUACCCCCACGGAUAACAGAGGCAAUGGAAAAUGAAGAACAGUGGGAUUUUGAUAUCUUUGAACUUGAGGCUGCCACUCAUAAAAGACCUUUGGUUUAUCUGGGUCUCAAAAUAUUUGCUCGCUUUGGAAUCUGUGAAUUCCUAAACUGUUCAGAAUCAACUCUGAGGUCGUGGUUACAAGUUAUUGAAGCUAACUACCAUUCCUCCAACUCCUACCAUAAUUCUACUCAUUCAGCAGAUGUACUACAUGCCACUGCUUAUUUCUUGUCUAAAGAAAAAGUAAAGCAAACUCUGGAUCCGAUUGAUGAGGUUGCCGCACUCAUUGCUGCCACAGUCCAUGAUGUGGAUCACCCAGGAAGAACAAAUUCUUUCCUGUGCAAUGCUGGCAGUGAGCUAGCAAUUCUCUACAAUGACACGGCAGUGCUGGAGAGCCAUCAUGCUGCCCUGGCUUUCCAGCUCACCACCAGGGAUGGCAAAUGCAAUAUAUUUAAAAACAUGGAGAGGAACGAGUACCGAACCCUUCGCCAAGUCAUUAUUGACAUGGUCUUAGCAACAGAAAUGACAAAGCACUUUGAGCAUGUCAACAAGUUUGUCAACAGCAUUAAUAAACCCUUGGCAGCACUAGAAGAAAAUGGGAAUAAUGGUGAUGGAGAGUCAAUCAAAACUGUUCUCAGGUCUCCAGAAAACCGUAUCCUUAUCAAGCGCAUGUUGAUAAAGUGUGCUGACAUUUCCAAUCCAUGCAGACCCAUAGAACAGUGCAUAGAGUGGGCCGGACGCAUCUCUGAAGAGUACUUUGCACAGACUGAUGAAGAAAGGAGACAAGGUUUACCUGUUGUGAUGCCAGUUUUUGACAGAAACACUUGCAGCAUCCCCAAAUCCCAAUUAUCAUUCAUUGAUUACUUCAUUAUUGAUAUGUUUGAUGCCUGGGAUGCAUUUGCAGAUCUGCCAAAUUUGAUGGAGCAUCUGAAUAAUAACAUUAAAUACUGGAAAGGACUAGAUGCAAGGAAUCUGCGGGUCCUUCGACCACCACCAGAAUAGCAAUUAGACCAUGUAUUACAGUAAGGCUAACCCAUGCGCUUGGGGAACCUUCAAAUUCAAGAGAACAUGAGGUCAGCAGUUGGCUUCCACAGACUACGUGUGCGGACUCCAAUGAAAUAAGCCCACCAAGUGGAAUUACACUGGAUUGCUGCAGUACUUGUACUCAAGAGGGUUUAUUAGUGAACAUAUUUCUGCGAUAUCUUCAUACCAGUAUGUGAAGCUGGAAGACCUUGAAGAAUCCUCAUUAAACGAACAUUCACUAGAAGACUGUCUGUUAAGAGACUCACAGCUUUUAUGAGAAAGCUACAUGCUUUUUAUAAGCACUUAAGACGGUUACGUAGAACAAUCAGACAUUUAAAACGCAACUGUCUAUGAAAGAAUUUCUGAUCUAUGAAAAUAGAUGUACUGUAUUUUUUCACAUCACAGAAGGUGCAAUCAUUCACUUCUGAGCACUACUGAAAGUGAGUUCUCUUUAAGAAAUUUAGUAGCAAAUGUAAAAAUAACACAAGAAUUUUUGAGGUUGAUCGUUAGCAUCUAUGAUUCAAAUGUUAUGUUUUAUUUAUUUUGUUAGAUGUUCAAUAUUUUCUAUGAAUUUAUAAAUACUUAAAAGCCAAAGCCAACUUUAGAUGCAUUAUAAAUUUACAUGAUUCAUACUCAUUAAUAUACAUUUAAUUGAUGUACAGACCUUUUAUUUUCAUAAUGCAAAUACAAAAUACUAUACAAUGAUACCUUUUUAUUGCACUGUAAGGAUAGAUGUGUAUGUUUAAAUAUUGUCUGAUUUAUGUUAAUUAAAGUAAGUUUUAUUGAAAAGGUCUCACUUGAGAAUUGUAGAAUAAACAAGAGCUGUAUACUGUCUGAGCACCAGAACUGCAGUAGUUCUCCCACAAACCAGUGAAAACAACCCGCUCUUCCCUUGGCUACAAUAAUAAUAAUAUGUUGGAACUUCCUAUUUUCUCCUGUGAAAUUUUAUGACUGAAUUCCCUGUCAAAAUCUGCCUUAUUUUAUAUAGUAUUUCUACAAAGCAUUCCACAGUGUAUAUGAAGAGGUAAUACUAAACAUCUAAUGAAUUUCAACAAUUUCUAGCCUAUGUAUUUUCCUCUGCCACGAAAGAAAGAGAACGUAAAGCCACCAACAAAAACCUUUAACUCAAGAAGUUUGUAAGGCUGCAUACCUUCACAAUUUGAAUGAAACCUUCAUAGCAAACACCAGAAAAUAAUAAAAUGUAUAUUUUAAGAA